AUGCGCUUCUCGCUUGAAACCGUGACGGCCGUCCUGGCUUGCCUCUCCACUACUUAUGCGCUCCAGAUCCCUCCCGAUACGCCGCUCUCCGAAUUGAUCUCGUCCGCCAAAGCGCAUCUCGCAAAGGGCUCUCCGCGAGAUGCUCUCGUAUACUUUGAUGCCGCUGUCUCGCGCGAUCCGACAAACUAUAUCACCAUCUACCAGCGCGGAGCUGCUUACCUGUCCAUUGGCAAGAACACUCAGGCCUCGGAGGACUUCAACCGAGUCCUGGAACUAAAGCCCGAUUUCGAGGGCGCUUUGCUCCAGCGAUCUCGUCUCCAGGCUAGGUCUGCUCACUGGAAGGAAGCUCUACAGGAUUUGGAACGUGCGGGGAAGAAGGACUCGGUCGAAUACCAGGAGAUCAAGGCCGCGCGGGAUGCAGCAGCCCUGGCCCUGGCCGCGGAGAAGAAGGGAGACUGGGAGGCCUGUGUCAUGCAGGCUGGGGUCGCCAUUAUGAAGGCGAACACGGAUCUGUCAUUGCGACAGGCUCGCGCACACUGCCGGUUCGAGAGGGGUGAGUUGGAGGAGGGUGUGAGCGAUCUUGCCCAUGUUCUACAGAUCUCCCCGAACUUGGUGGAGCCUCAUCUACAGAUGUCCUCCAUGCUGUUCUAUGCUCUUGGUGAUAGUGACCGUGGUCUCGCUCAAAUUCGCAAGUGUCUACAUACCGAUCCCGACUCGAAGGCUUGCAAUCGUCUCUAUAAACGAGAACGUCAGCUUGCAAAGUCAUUGGGUAAACUGCACAGUGCCCUGGAGGCGCGCAAGUUCAGUAAUGCCGUGAAGUUGAUGGUCGACGACGGAGAAGACACCGGGCUGAUCACCGAUGUGAAGAAUGAUGUCGCCGAGGCGAGAAAAGCGGGCCAUAUCCACCCAGCGGCGUCUAAUUAUCUUUAUGUUUUCCUGGUUGAGAAGACGUGCGAGUCAUACCGAGAGAUGCGUAUGCUCAAAAAGGCUGGUCCUUACUGCGCCGAAUCCCUCCAGCUAGUUCCAUAUUCUCUCCAUGGCCUACUAUACAAGGCCCAGACUGAACUGGACGGCGAUCAAUUUGAAGAAGCGGUGCGAACAUUGAACACUGCCCGGGAGCAUCACCCGCACGCCCAAGAAGUCCAGUCCCUACUCCAGAAAGCGCAAGCCCUGCUGAAGCGGUCGAAGCAAAAGGAUUAUUACAAGGUCCUCGGAGUUAGCCGGGACGCGGACGAGCGGACGAUCAAGCGAGCAUACCGCCAAUUGAUGAAGCAGCACCACCCCGACAAGGCUCACGCUCAGGGCAUACCCAAGGAAGAGGCCGAGAAGAAGAUGGCCUCCAUCAACGAAGCAUACGAAGUCCUGUCCGACUCUGAACUGCGUACACGAUAUGACAAUGGAGACGAUCCCAACGAUCCCGAGUCGCAGCAGCGAGGCAAUCCUUUCCAGGGAAGUCCCUUUGGCCAUGGAGGUGGCCAACAAUUCUUCUUCCAGCAGGGUGGCCAGCAGUUCAAGUUCGGUGGUCAAGGCUUCGGGGGCUUCCCCUUCCGCUGA